AUGGUUAAUGACAGGAUGGAUUCCAAAAAUCUGGCAAUAUUUGUAAUACUCAUCCUUCAAUGUUCAAUGGGAAUUCUGAAAAAUUUCUGUCUUCUAUCUUACUACUUAAUGCUUCAUUAUAAUAAACACACAUUAAAACCAGUUGAUUUCAUUUUCAUGAACAUGUUCAUAGCCAACUUCUUCAUCAUUUUCUCUAGAAUUGUGCUACAGACAAUGGAAACUUUUGGGAAGGAACUGUUCUUCAAUGUAUUUGUUUGCAAAUUUCCUAUGUAUACUGAAAGAGUUGGCCGAAGUGUUUCCAUUGGUACCAUCUGUCUCUUGAGUGUCUUCCAGGCCAUCACCAUCAGUCCCAGUGACUCAUGCCUUAGUGGUCUUAAAGUAAAAGUUUCAAAGUACAUCAGCCUUUCUAUUUUCCUUUGCUGGGUCCUGUUUUUGGGGUUAAAUAUGAUUCCACCAAUGUAUGCAUAUAUUAAGUGCAACAGCAAUAAUGUAACACAUAUAAGAACUUCAAAAUACUGCUUUAGUUUAGGUCAUGAUGAAUUUACAGGCUCAAUGGUUACAACAGUUUUUGUAUUCCCUGAAGUCUUUUUUGCUAUCCUUAUUGUCUGGUCUGGGAGCUUAAUGGUGGUUAUUUUGUAUAGGCACAAGCAGCGUGUUCAACAUAUCCACUGCACUUAUGUUUCCAACAGAACAUCCCAUGAAUCAAGAGCCACUAAGAGCAUUCUGGUGCUAGUGUCAGUCUUUAUUGGCUUUUAUUCUCUCUCCUCCAUCUUACACACUUGUGUUGCUCUUUUUUGUGGUGCUGGUUGGUGGCUGGUAAAUAUCACAGUCAUCAUUCAUCUGUGUUUUCCUACUUUGGGCCCCUUUAUUGUGAGCCAUGGCACUGCUUUGCCCAGAUUCAGCUUAUCCUGCAUAAGAAAUACAGGAAGACCUUAA